ACCCUCUUUACAAUGGAAAAGCUGUUUGUCUGCCUGUUGGUCAUUGGAAUGGCAGUGAAGGCCCAGAUCUGUCCGAAGCGCUGUGUGUGCCAGAUUUUAUCACCCAACCUUGCAACACUUUGCGCAAAAAAAGGGCUUCUGUUUGUGCCACCCAACAUGGAUCGGCACACGGUGGAGCUACGGCUCGCUGACAACUUUAUAACAAGCGUCAAACGGAAAGACUUUGCCAACAUGACCAGGCUUGUGGACCUCACCUUGUCAAGGAAUACGAUAAGUUACAUUACGCCUCAUGCAUUUGCAGACUUGGAAAACCUUCGCGCCUUGCACUUGAACCAUAACAGACUGACUCGAAUAGGGAAUGACACUUUUAGCGGCAUGUCCAAGCUACAUCAUUUGAUUCUCAACAACAAUCAGUUGACUCACAUCCAUCUGGGAGCUUUUAAUGACCUUCUGGCCCUGGAGGAGCUGGAUUUGUCCUAUAACAACCUUGAAACGAUACCCUGGGAGGCAAUUCAGAAGAUGAUUAGCCUUCAUACACUCAGCUUGGACCACAACAUGAUUGAUUACAUUCCAGAAGGUACUUUUUCCUUGUUACAAAAACUCAACCGACUGGAUGUGACCUCCAAUAAGCUCCAGAAGCUUCCACCAGAUCCUCUUUUCCAAAGGGCGCAAGUUCUGGCAACAUCAGGAGUUCUUACUUCUUCAUCAUUUGCCCUCAGUUUUGGUGGAAAUCCUUUGCACUGUAAUUGUGAGCUUCUCUGGCUUCGCCGACUGAGUCGUGAGGAUGAUUUGGAGACUUGUGCGACUCCGCCGAACUUAUCUGGGCGAUAUUUCUGGUCUAUUCCGGAGGAGGAAUUUCUGUGUGAGCCACCCCUUAUCACGAGGCACUCUCAAGAGAUGAUGGUGCUUGAGGGUCAACGUGUAACCCUUCGAUGCAAAGCAAGAGGAGAUCCUGAACCUGUGAUCCACUGGAUAUCACCUGAUGGCAAGCUAGUCUCAAACUCCUCACGUGCCAUCAUUUACAAUAACGGGACCUUGGAUAUCUUGAUCAGCACAGUGAAAGAUACCGGAUCUUUCACUUGUAUCUCUUCAAACCCAGCCGGUGAAGCCCACCAAACCAUCGAGCUUGUCAUUAUCAAGCUUCCAUACAUCAGCAACAGCACCAAUAAUAUCCAGGAGCCAGAUCCAGGCUCGUCUGAUAUUUCCACAUCUAGUAGAACUGGAGCCAAUGGAAGCAACCACACAGCAGACUCGAAAGUGAGCUCAGAUAAGCGGGUGGUCAUAGCCGAGGCCACUUCAUCCACAGCACUCAUCAAAUUUAACUUUCAAAGGAAUAUUCCUGGAAUUCGCAUGUUUCAGAUCCAGUACAAUGGCACCUACGACGACUCUCUUGUUUACAGAAUGAUUCCACCGACAAGCAAAAACUUCCUGGUGAACAACCUGGCGGCUGGGACUCAGUAUGAUCUGUGCGUCCUUGCCAUCUACGAUGAUGCCAUCACGUCCCUCACGGCCACACGUGUUGUUGGCUGCGUUCAGUUCACCACCGAGUCUGAGUACCUCCGCUGCCACUUCAUGCAGUCGCAGUUUCUUGGAGGAACCAUGAUCCUGAUUAUCGGUGGUGUCAUCGUGGCCUCUGUCCUCAUCUUCAUUGUCAUCCUUAUGAUCCGUUACAAAGUGUGUAUGAGCGCCAACCGCGCCAAGGCAACUGCUGCCACCGGGGUGCAGCCCGACGUAGCUGUCAGUCCCUCAGCAAAUAAAGAGGUCGCCAUGGUCCACGAGGGUGGGGACGACUGCCAGAAAUGCACCGCUCCCGGAUUCCCAGAGUCCCUCACUCAAUCUUCAGAGACUUCUCUUCCUGAUUGUUCCACUGAGACGUCCAUCGUGAGCCAGAGUUGGGACAUGGGAGGAUCUUUGGGGUCCAUCAAGCCGAAACGUAGGCCAGCGCCAAAGCCAGAGGAGAAGACUGACCCAGCACUUGGUGUCGAGACUCACAACACCAACCGUAACAACUCCAAAACACCACUUCUGCGUUCCGUUCCUCCAUCAGGCCCCGCCCCUUUGCUGCCUUCUCGCUUCAGGGACACUCCCAUCCUGAGGAGGGCACCACCUCGUCCCUCUGUAUCAAAAUAUCUCACACUGCCGGCGGAGGGGACGCGAGCUGCACCACGCAGGUACUCGCUAAAUGAAGACUUAUCCAAACACCACUGCUACGCUGGCAAGCUUGGGAAUGCUCGGUGUAAGCGGAGUGUGUCCAUGAACGGAAUGCUAGCCAGCGUGGAAAAUUCAGAUUUAGAUAAAGGGGUAUAUUCAAGUUCAGAGUGGAUCCUAGAGAGCACGGUGUGA